AUGUAUCUGUGCCUGGAGCAGCAUCUAGUGGACAUUAGAGGAUCUGCAGCCGAACACAUGAAUGAGCUGGAUCACUCCUCAGCCACAUCAGCACAGUGUGGUUCAGCGUCUGUGGGCUCAGAUCAGAGUCAGUCUGUGAUCGAUCAGGUUAGUUCGUCUUUGGCUCUCAGGUUUGUCACCCUGCCAAGCGCACCGAGAGGAGGACAAACUGAAAACUUGGACGGCAUGGAGGAGCUUCUGUUACCGAGCGGCGAGGAGGAGGCCCGCUCCGACCACAGCUCGUAUGUCCCGGGAGACACGGGGAGCACGAUGGGGGACCGAGUGAAGGCUUUCCUCCAGGUGACGGUGAAGGAGGACCUGAGGAGGACCGUGAAGGAUUUCUGUAAGAGGAACGGGCUGCUGACGCUGUCGGUCGUCGCGGUGCUCACCGGCUGCACGCUGGGCUUCAUGCUGAGAGGAACUCAGCUGUCCACUCAGGCAAAGAUCUACUUCUCUUUUCCUGGAGAGCUGCUGAUGAGGAUGUUGAAGAUGCUGAUUCUUCCUCUCAUCACGUCCAGCUUGAUGUCCGGUCUGUCAUCGAUGGAGUCGAAGGCGUGCUGUCGGAUGGGCGUCCUGACCGUCACCUACUACCUGUGGACCACCUUCAUCGCCGUGGUGGUCGGCAUCGUGCUCGUCAUCAUCAUCAAACCCGGCGUGGGGACGGAGGUGGAGAGUAACCGGCUGGGAGGGGGGCCCGUCAUGACCUCGGCCGACGCCCUGCUCGACCUCAUCAGGAACAUGGUUCCCUCUAACCUGAUCGAGGCCACGUUUCAGCAGUACAAAACGGACCUGAUUCCCAUCCUCAAAGUCCCGACCAGAACCGUCCAGCCCAACUUUGUCUACGUCUUCCCCGAUGAGAGCGACCCGAAAGGCCGGACGGUGUACCUGGAGCUGACCCCGCCUCCGGAGAUCCAGUACAAGACGAGUCCCGGUAGCAGCCAACAGAUGAACGUCCUUGGCAUCGUCAUCUUCUCCGCCACCAUGGGUCUGUUGCUGGGCAGGAUGGGAGAGCGAGGAGCUCCGCUGGUCAACGUCUGUCAGUGCAUCAACGAGUGCGUCAUGAAAAUCAUCAACGCUGCCGUCUGGUACUUUCCGUUCGGUAUCAUCUUCCUGGUGGCGGGAAAGAUCCUGGACAUGCAGGACCCCAGCACGCUGGGGAAGAAGCUGGGCUGGUACGGCAUCACUGUGCUCGCCGGCCUCUUCGUCCAUGGACUCAUCCUCCUCCCUCUCUUCUACUUCAUCCUCACCAAGAAGAAUCCCUUCUCCUAUAUCCGCGGUCUACUGCAGGCCAUGGUGAUCGCUCUGGCUACCUCCUCAAGCUCUGCCACGCUGCCCAUCACCAUGAAGUGUUUGUUGGAAAACUGCCACGUUGAUCGACAGAUCGCCCGCUUUGUCCUCCCUGUGGGGGCCACCAUCAACAUGGACGGCACGGCGCUGUAUGAGGCAGUGGCGGCCAUCUUUAUUGCUCAGGUUAAUGACUAUGAGCUGGACUUUGGCCAGUUGGUCACCAUCAGCAUCACGGCUACAGCUGCCAGCAUCGGUGCAGCAGGGAUUCCUCAGGCCGGUCUAGUUACCAUGGUGAUCGUACUGACAUCGGUGGGCUUGCCUCCAGAUGACAUCACACUCAUCGUGGCCAUCGACUGGAUCCUCGACAGGUUUCGGACUAUGAUCAAUGUUCUGGGCGACGCUCUGGCGGCGGGAAUCAUCGCCCACCUCUGUCGGAAAGACUUCCCCCUCGGAGGAACAGGAAAGCCAGUGCCGUCGUACGGUACGCAGACUCCUCACAACAACUCCCACAGCGUCGACGUGCCAAUGACAGAGAUCCACACUCACAAAGACUGCAUGUUCGAGACGAUGGGCGAUACGGCGGGCGAGAGGCACGCACACACUGUCUACUACAACAUCUGUCAGGUGUGA